ACUUACUUAUUAUCUUAGCAGAUGGUUUAAGAACUAGGCUUUACUAGACUCUGUGAAAUCUAUACUGUGAAAGUUAUUAACCAUGCAAAGUUGUUGCAUCCUUAAUCAGAUACACACAUGGCUUCAAGAAAAUCAAGAGAUGAUCAAGAGCUCCAGGUGCUGGAUGACUGAGGCUCAGUCAUGGCUUGCUGCUCCCUGCACAUACACCACAGCUAAAUGUCUGAGGAGCCACGUUCAUGCUCUUCAGAUUGUGUUAGGUGAUGCAUCGCAGAUCCGGUCGACACUGCAGAACUUCAUCUCAGUCCUAGAGGAAAUGUCGCAGGUUUGUGAUGUCACCGCACUCCACGACCAACUGCUGGAAGCAGAUCACAGAGUGUCAGAAGUUCAUGGCAGCUUCACAGCCCCCCUGUCUCAGCUGGAGCACGCAGCUGCUGAGAUCGAGGCCAUGGAGAAGGACGUAUGCAGAAUGGAGAAUGAUGUCGCCGAGAUUAAGACCCUGCUCUCUUCCCCAGAGAUUUUUCCCAGCCCCACAGAGGAUUAUCUCAAAAUUAAGCAGAGGAUCCAAUCAAUGAGACAUACAGUAGUAGAGAUUCAGAAAUGCAAACUAGGCCUUUGUCUCCCCGAGAAGGCUGAGGAGACACUCACUGUGUUUAAUGUGGUGGAACAGCUUCAAACUCUGUUGCUUGACCUGGAAAAGAAGGUCCCUGCCCUGUUCAUUCAACAACCAUCCACUCCAAAUCAGGCCAAAGUGGUACCAACACUUCAAAACUCCAUGUCCAGGCAGCAUGGUGAGCUCCCUGUUGAAGAAACUACAGAGAAUAAAGGCAGUGAGGAGCUGAUCAUGGAGGACGAUGGAGGAAGUGUAUUUUGGUGGCUCUGGGAAUCUUUCCUAGGAGUUUCACCUGAGGAAGCAGAGCAUGUUGUCUCAGAGGAGAAGGAAGCGGUGACUGGCCUAGGUGCUGAUCAGACUGCAGAGGAUGGAAAGGAUAUUGAGACCUCAACUGACACUGCAGAAGCAAGUUCAUCUGAAGCUUUGUCAGAAGCUCUGGACACAGUGAGAACCCAGUCCCUGUUGGUAAACACAGCCUCCAGUGUCAACGUCUCCCAGUCUGACUCUAGGCCCCAGCACCGAUGUGUAGUUUCCUAAAUAUGGAGUGUUACAAACACUGAUUAUAGUUUUUCCUCUCAAUGUCUCAAAAGUAUAUGAUGCUCCUGACAGAUAGCUUUUAUUACACUAGAACCUACGAUUUGUCAUUUCCCUUCAGAAACCUGUUGCAAACCUUCCAACAUUUUGUUAGAAACCCUGUUAUAGGUCAACCUGUCAACAUUCUGUAAAUUUUGUAUUUAAUCUAUAUUCUACAAUCAACCAUAAAACUGCCAAAGAUCCAAAAGAUCGUUGGACCUUUGGAGGUCUUUCUUGUUGAUUUUUGUCGUAAUACAUUGAUAUUUUCAAGAAUUAAUUUUUGUAAAGGCUUUUAAUCUAACUCAAGCUGAAUGUAGAGCACUGCUCUGCAUUUAAAAUCCUUCUCGCAUUCACGGAAAGGUUUCUUUUUGUCUUCUGACGCAAAAGCUCAUGGUUUCUCUCCAUUAUUAAAAAAACCCAACUUUUGCUGGAAACCUUUUCUACAUUUUACACAUUCUUCCACUUCCAAGCCUCUGGUCUCUGUCUUUUCUUUAAAAUUCCCAUGAAUUAAUUUUUGUCUCCAUUGGAACUUGCUUCUGUUGUUGUUGUUUUUAAUGCCAAAUGUCUUUGAGUCUGUGACCAGAGCAGGGCUAUAUUACAAAAAGCCUCUUUCAUUUAGUACAGCACAUUACAUACUACUGUCUGGAAUAGUGUGAAACAUGACACAUCUAUAACAUUCAAUUGUAGAAACUCAUAAGGCAGGAUAAUUUGGGAUAAUCACAAAAACUAGUAAUUUUGGGGAAAACCUGGAAUUCAAUCGUUUUCAGGCUUUUUGCAAUGAAGAGUUUGCUGAAUUUUGAACUGUGUUUUAGUCUGGUAAGGGGUUCUUCAAUAUUUUAGUAACUAACUAUUGCCAGCUACCCCAUUGUAGAAUGACUUUUAGCCAAGUCUUUCAAAUUGAAAGGCUAUUUUAAGUUUAUCCUUACACCUCCCUGAUCUGUCAAUGUAGAAUUAGUUAGAAUUCCAUAGUACUUAGAGAAACAUGCCCAUCAACCUUGUCAGGGCAGGUAAUAAGUAAUGUGGACUUCCUCUCUGAAGAGGAUGUUUGGCUCCAUUUAAAAAUAGAGUAUUUUGGAACUGGACUGAAGUGGAAGUAGAUGUGUGCCAGAAGACUUCUUGUUUUCCAAGUUUCCUGUGUUUACAUGAAGAACAGUGUACCUGGCAUACAGCAAAUACCACACAUUUCUGAGGACGGUAUCUGCAACAGGCGUUUAGUGGAUUGAAGGUUUCUGUUGCACCAGACAAAUGAAGGUGCUGUGAUGGAGCAAUGGUUUGUUGUUAGUCUACUCUCUGAUGAGAUGGAAUGGCAGACACAGAGAAGAGAUACAUGGAAAUGUAUUUUAGACCUCAUUUUUAUAAUGUUAUCAUAAACAGCUUACAAUACUAAAAUCAUUACGAAUUUUAACCUUUUCAUUUAUUGUUUGCUCUUAGAGACCAGCAGCUGCAGAGCUUUUUUUUAUAUGCAUCUACUAUAUGUGUUGGUGAAUUAAUACAGAGGAAUAUGCUGUUUAAUUAAUCAAAUACUUUCUCAGCUAAGUUAACAGCUCAGCUACUGCUCUUCCAAACAGAUCCCUGAUUUAUGACAAAACCAGCUGAUAGAUUUUCUCUGGUUUUAUUCUUAUGGAAAUUACUUAUGUGAUUGUUGCCAUGAAAAUGCAGUGGUUUCACUUGAUAACUGCUUAAUAAACAGCUGUCGGCACUGAUAUCUAAAUUGUUGUUUUUGAUGACAUGGAGGUUUCAGUUGACAGCAGCAGAAACAUUUUUGCAUUACAUGCCUGUGUUGUUCCUGCUUCUGUUCAGUCGUUUUCAUGUGUUUCUGUGCAAAACCAAAUGAAGACAAUAAAUGUGCUUCAGUGA